GCGUUCGCAUCGCUUGCGUUUGCUACAGCCGGGCUUGCGAAGCGCGAAAUCGGAGAUCGGAGUGACGAGAGCGAGGGUGCGCGAUUGCGAGAACUCGCGUCUUCGUUUCUCGCCGCCGUGAAUUAUCUCCGGCGAGUCGCGAUAACCAGCUGUUCGGAAAAGAUGGCGAAACAGCUCUGAACGAAGAGUGGUACGGGUACCGUCGUUCAGCGGUUUGUCUCUCCGCCGUCGAUCUCUCGUGUGACGCUUCUGCUUCGAAAUUCAGAGCGCGAUACGAGAUACACGUUCGUCGAUAGGCACUCGUGCACUCGCGCACAUCCGCACUUUCUCACGCAUAUUCUCGUAGUGUAGCUUCGGCGCUCCCGCUCGUAGCGGAGAAUGACAUAUCGCGACGCGCGGAUGACGCGCGACGAUCACGCACGCACUGGGAGGAGGAGCGUCGUCGAGACGAAGUCAAGUGAUUACGACGGUUGAAAGGGAGAAGAUCCGGAAGAUCGUCGGAGGACGAUCUGCCGAUCGUGUUCAGACGGACAAUGGCAAUCUCGAGCUGGAUGAUAUGGGGUAGGAGCCUACGCACCGGCCGAUCUCAUCGAAGUCGCCAAGACAGCGAGGACAAUUGCAUACAGCUCGAUCUGUCAAGAGGAUUGAAGGAGAAUGUUAAGGAAGUCUUAACUAAUCUUUGCCAGUGUCACAAUGUUCCAAGUGCAAAGAAGCUAGCGUAUCUUAAUGCUAUUGUUAAAUUGAUUAGCGAAACCGAUUCCCAGGAUUAUGGAUACACUGCAGAAGAUUUGUUUUGUUGUUUGCGCGUGGCUCUGGUUCAUGAAGCAACACAGGUGCGCGCCGCCGCGCUACGUGCGGUGCGUUACAUGCUUAAGAAGGAACAAGACGUCAUCGCGAUUAACAAGCUACAAUAUCCGUAUUUCGUGGCGCGUAGCAUGGAUGUUAAUUUACGCAACGAGAUGGAGAGGAUACAGGCUCUUCGACUCGUUAGGAGAAUCCUGGUAUUAGCCCCCAAGCAUUUCAGUCCCGCUUUAGCGAGAUCUCUAAUUAGUUUGACCAACAGUGGCAUAGAAGAGAGAGAUCGUGCAUUUAGAGCGUUUUUAGCAACCCUGUGCGAGUUAGGUGUUUUGAACUCGAAUCUAUUGAUAAGUUGCGGCGGUGUCGGCGCACUGGCAAGGGCUGCGAUGACCGGUCAAAGCGCUGCUGCAGUCGAAUCCAUCGUUGGAGUGCUGCUGCGCUUGUUGAACAAUCCCGACACACGCAGUAGCGUUUCUCUUUUAUGCUUCGCCGCACCCUACUGUGAACUUCACUCCUCGAGCAUGGAGAGAACCAAGGAGGAGCGCGAACAAAGAUUUGCCGCGAGCAAACUAGCGCUGCUAAGCAUUCUUCGCUCGUACUCGGGCGUUCUUCAUUUCUGCCGACCGGAUAAUAAUUCGGGACUCAAGGCCAUUGCGGAUAUCUUGUAUGUGGAACAAUUGGAAGUGCGUGGCGCUGUGCUGGAAUUACUCUACCAGCUGUUAGACCUGCCACUGCCUACAUGGACCGACGAGCCCGAUGUCGCGUUGGCCGCAGUGGAUCCCAGCAGAUCGCGGGAUUCGUGGAAGCUAUCCGAAGGUUUCGUCGCCGCCGAGGGAAAGUUUAUACUACCAUCUCUCUCGUCGCAUUGUCCCAACAUCACAGAAAUACACUCAGCGUUGUUAGUGUACGUUCUUCUGGAAUGCGGUCUUCAUCGAGCUCUUGCAGAGACCAUCGUCUCCAGCGACACGUUUAUCUCGGUGCGUGCGGCGGUUCUUCUAGGAGCAUUGCUACAUCUCGCUCAUUCGCUUCUACCGUCCGAACUUUGCGAUCUUACACCGCCGCUGCCGAAUCUAUUGGAGCAUGCUAGCACCGGCAAACAUCAGGCAUUAGCGGCGAUCACAAUCCUUGAGCGAAUGCACACCAUGAUGCGACGCAGACCUACCCCGGCAAGUCUCUUCCUCGAUCGGAUUCUUCAGGCCGGCACCUGGUUACGUCCGACUCUGCCACGACGUCAACGACCGUCCGGUAGGCACUGGCUGCGAAUCGGCCGUGAAUCACCGAUUACGCCAUUGUUGAAGGAUGCACAAGUGCUCAGCUCAAAAGAUGCUCUCGCCUGGAAUUGGCCGAUAGUGCGGGCGAUUCUUCGAUCACGCGAAGACGCGACGCGAAUCCUGCACGAUUCCGAUCAUCGAUUGUUUAUGAAACGGCUCGUACGUUACUUUAGACCAUCGUGGAAUGGUUAUAGCAGAGUUGAGCUGAGUACGAACGCGACAUUGGCGCGUGAAGCAACUCUCGCCGGCUGUGAUUUAUUGAAUUGCUUGUUGGAAUUACAUGAACCGGAGGGCGCGCGAUUACUCAAUGAGCUGAUCGGCGACGUCGCCGAACAGAUCAGUAACAUUCGUACCGCCGAAUCCGCGCAUGAUUGUCUGUUUUCGCCACGUCACAUGUCUACUACGUGUUGUCAGAAAUAUUUCCUUUUCCUUGGACAGUUAAGCUACUCGGCCAAGGGAACGGUAGUUCUCAAGAGCUUCAAUCUGUUGGAGAAGCUGCAAGAUCUCGCGCUAGCCACUAAUCACGAUUGCUAUGUCAAACUGAUUAUUUCCAGUUUGGAUUAUUCCCGAGACGGUCCUAACAGGAAGCUAUUAAGCAAGAUUAUUUCCGAGGCAACCUUAUGGAGUACGCGUUUAUAUGCUACGCAGUUCUUACGGUUAAUACUCCGCGCGAGAAUGUCUGACGCCGUGCGCUGGGCAAUGUCGUUAUUGGCGGAUCGGUUGUUUGAUACCACUACAGCUGUGGCGUUAGCUGCGUUGGAAACAUUACAUGAAGCCUGCAAUGAGACCGAGUACUUGGAAGUGUUAUUGCAGCAAGUCGGACAAUCGUGUGACUGGGACAGAUGGCCGCAACAUUUGGGUGACAAGGGCUAUCUGCUGAAGAUUCGGCUUUACUCUCUUCAGCAGGGUUUCACGAGCCUCGCCGCGCCAUCGGAGGAGCUGGAGAAGUGGAUUGGACCUGGCGGUUUUGCCGAACGAUAUGUAGGACUCGUGGAAGGCGAGAUACAUGACGCGUUGACGCGUCGUCAACGCGAUGAGACCGGAAGCUAUCAAAGAAGGACCAGCAAUGUAGCGAUGGUACCGCAUGACAUUUUUGUGCCGCCGCAUCUGAUUGGACAGCUGGCGCAGCAUGAUCUCGGGAUGCAAUUAUUGUUACGUCGCAAUGUGAUACAGCGUUUUGCUCGAUUACCGCAACGAUUCUGGUUGGAAUUUGGUGGUCGUGAUUCAGAGUCGAACUCGCGAUGUGCCAGAACAAGUCGUCCGCCCAUUGGCGUCACUACUACGACCAUCGCUGCCAUUACCGACGACGUCGGUAUCGUGUCGGAGGAGUCUGGUACGGAUGAAGCCGUAGAGCAAUGCUGCCGCCUCGAGACGAUCCUCGAUUCAGAGAUAUUGGAAAGUGAGUUGACUCACGAUACAAUGAGCCAACCUCGGACCGAGUCACUAAUAGAGAUCCGUCGUAAAACUAGCGUGGACGAUUCCAGGCACACCACUCCGGAACGAAGUUGGAGGACGGAGACUGUCGAGUUAUUGCGUGACGAUCAUUCUGUAACCGGUUUGAACGGCAACAUUCUCAAAGUCAAAUCAGCUCUAUGGGCUCUCGGUCACGCGGGCACAUCCGUUGCUGGUGUCGAACACCUCAGUCACCUGGGUAUUAUCGAAAUGAUCGCGUCCAUGGCGGAGACGUGCCCGUAUUAUUCAGUACGUGCUACCGCGAUGUACGCUCUCAGUCUAAUCGGUACCACGCGUGCCGGCGCUGACGCGUUAGCAAAUUUCAACUGGCCAUGCGUCAGGCAUCGACGCGGCGAUAAUUGGCCUGUGGUGCCACCCUCGACUAGGUAUCCAGUACCAAGCCCGAUUCCCGUACAGCGACAUCAUCGCAGCCUAAGCGAUGGUAAGCCGGAACUGCCUGAACCCAUCGUGCGCCGAACCAGGAAUCGAUCCGAGAGCGCGGCCACAGAUCUCGAGGCACGGAGAUAUAUUCUUCCAGAGAGAGGUGAAACUCCAAGUCCCGUUUCGAGUAUACAAAGACUUAGCCAACAAGAUGCUGAAGGAUACGCGCGACUACGUAGUUUACAACGCCAUCGCAGACCCAGUUAUUCUCAAAGUAGUUUAGAAAUGUACAGUUUAGAUGGCCGUCUUUCGUUGCAAAGCUUAUCGGAGUACGACUCGUCCCGCAGCUGGAUUGCGGAGAAUGUAGUCCUUACUCCGACUCCGCCUCCCCCGGAGGAUGACAACGAGAACUUGUUUUAUAUGGGUAUCUGUUUACCGAGGAGGCUGCUCAUGAUCUUUCCCGAGCCUCCUCAACCGUCGCAGCCGAAUAUCUUCGAGGAUAUUGUUAGAUUUGAAUUAGAGACAACUGAGAUCGAUGAGGAAUCCAACUCGGAGUAUGACGUCGAUAGUGAGCAUUGCCGCACAUGUCUCAUUUGUUAUCACAGCAAGAGUGGCAAGGAUGCCAGCACGGAGCAAGACAUAAAAUUGCGAAAAGAAAUACUUAGGCAUACACAACGACUUGCAAAUCCCGUAUGGUAUCGUCUUAGUCGUCAAUCGUUACUUAGACUGAGGCAACGGUAUCCCGAAAAGUUUCAGGAUACCUGUUUGUUUUCGGAUGUAGCCGCUCGCCUAAGCACCGGUACGUACAGGAUGCCGGCGCGACGAUUUCUCCAAGAACUGUUUCUAGAUUCUCCAUUUGACGCACUUUACGUCGAACCAAUCAACAUUCUGAAGAUACCAAUUGGUACAGAGGAGAAUCCUCUGCAAUCACCUGUUCCUAGCUCCGAGGCUAGCCCUCGACAGCAAUCUAUCAGUCCUGCAGAGGGCAAGAUUAACGGAAGACUUACUUUAACUGAGAUACAGACAGCACAACUGGCGUCUGUCGCCGAGGAAAGUUCCUCGAUUGGCAGCGAGUCGUGCAACAUUGCGCAUCCGUGUAAGAAGAAAUCUCAAGAGAUCGCUCGAUCGAUGCAGGAACGGAGCACCGACGAGAAGAUCAUAGCUGAGAUCCUGAAGCCAGAAGAACGGAUACGCUUGUCAAAGAGUUCCGAUAGAUCGUUAAAAGUAUCAGGUACAAACACUGCCAUCAGCCUUGAUUCGUAGUUUUUGAACUUUCGAUUACUACUGUGUGUACAUAUUUUGUAUUAAAAUAAUAAUGAUGUAUAAAAAUAAAUUAUUACACACACUGCCGGAAAAAUCAGA